AGACUGUCUAGGCUGCAGUCAUGAAACUCCAGCAGCGUGCAAGCCAGUGUGAGAAGAAAUGACCCUGGGACUGAAUCCGGUGAAGGGACAUACCGCCCGCAGUGUGCCGUCUGUCUGCCAAUAUUCGCGUCAGUGACAGCAGGAGAUCUUUGCAUAAUAUUCAGUUGACUUUCACGAAGGCAUCACUGAGAAGGAGUGGAUUCUUGGCACCAAAGAUCUACAUAGUCAGCAUUAUGAGGCAGGCCAGGGACGUCAAGUCAGUAUCACUCCGUGAAGAUGGCCUGACUCAGACCUUGGCCAGUGUAGUGGAGGAAGUGAAGCUCUCCGUCAGCAGGGAUCUCAGCGGAGCCGACCUCCUCUACAGCUUGCUGAGUGCCCCAUGGCUUAAGUCUCUGCUUAAGGUAUAUGAGCGCCUGCAAUGGCACAUGAGGGCCCCCCCUAGCCCAUAUCUCCCUUUUGCCUCAAGUCUCUCCCACCAGAUGAUGGCUGACCUGCGAGGGGUCGCAGCCCCAUCCCUGGAGGCCAGACAGCUCUACAGAUUGCUCAGAGAUCCUCAUCUGCAGGCAUUUUUAUCUGCCCAUGACAUUGUGGCCCAGAAGAAGUAUGGACCGGUGUUGCAUCCUCUCCCAAACAAUUUGCCGGAUGAUGAAGAGGCUUUUAGAAUUGUGUGCCUCGUCAAGAACAAUCAGCCAUUGGGAGCUACGAUAAAGAAGAACGAGCUGACGGGAGAGAUUUCCGUGGCCCGAGUGAUCCAUGGCGGACUCGCAGACCGCAGCGGUCUGCUCUACGCCGGAGACAAAAUUAUGGAGGUGAAUGGGCAGCCAGUGGAGGGCCUGGAGCCAGAGCAGAUUAUAGAGAUCCUGGCACAAUCCCAGGGGACCAUCACGUUCAAAGUGGUGCCCAUGUCAGACCGGCCAGUGAGCAGCCAAACUUUGGUCUAUGUCAGGGCAAUGAUAGAUUACAGCCCAUUGCAGGACCCUGCUAUCCCAUGUGUGGAUGCCGGCAUGGCCUUUCGAAAGGGAGAUGUGCUGCAGAUAGUGGACCAGACAGAUGCCCUCUGGUGGCAGGCCAGGAACAUGCCAAGCAAUUCAUCCUGUGCUGGCCUCAUACCCUCCAUUGACCUGCUAAGAAGAAGACAAAGGGAGAUGUGGUGGUCACAGGCUUUGCAGCCGCACACCUGCACUCCAGUCUGUGAGUUGGCACUAUUCUCUCACACCUCUCGGUUUCUCCGCCCCCCGUCCUCCAUCCUAACUCCUCUCAACACAAAGACAGCAUAUGGUGAGACAGCGGGGCUUUCCCGUGAGAGUACUGGUCCUGCUGUCUCUGUCCUUUUCCGUGAACCUAACACCACCAUGCCCAUGGUCAAAGCAUUCCAGCCAAUUAAACUGCUACUCACCGACAUUACAAAGACGUGUUUUAUUUUCUCUAUGUCCUGUGGACCUCAAGUGAACAGCGUCGACAAAGAUGAAGACCUAGAUGACGUUUGUUUUGAAGCAGAGGAGGCUGAAUGUAGCAGAAAUUCUGAAGGAAUCUAUCUAGCCGGGUUCCGGCGCAGCCUGCGCCUAUGUCAGAGGAAGGCACGCAGGUCUCGCAUGCAGGCAUGCAACGCUCGCUGCCUGAGCAGCUGCUACAGCUCCCUGGCUAACCCCUACGAGGAGAUGAUGCGCUUCCAGCGGCAGCGCGAGGACAAGCCGCGCCUCAUCGUCCUCAUGGGCCCGCAGAGUGUGGACAUUAACAAGCUGCGGAGAAGACUAAUUGCAAUCGACCCUAAGACUUACCAAGGACCCGUGCCACACACAACGCGGCCACUCAAGUGCUUUGAGAAGUCUGGAAGAGAGUACCACUUCAUCAGCAGAGAGCUCUUCGAGAAUAUGCUGUACACCCACAGGUUCUUGGAAUAUGGGGAGUACAAAGGGCAUCUUUACGGCGUAAGCAUCACUUCAAUCAGGAAUGUCCUGGACAGCGGGAAGAUCUGUGUUGUUGACAUAGAUCCACACGGACUACAGGCCAUUAGAACGCAUGAACUCAAGGCUUACAUCAUCUUUGUGAAGUCGCCUAGUGCUGCCCGCAUGAAGCAAACUCGCGCAAAAGCCCAGAAUGCUGACAUCCCUCCCUCCAGGAAUGCAGACAUCAAUGUGGUUGAAGAAGCAGCAAAGAUGGAGUCUUUUUACUGCCAGUUCUUUGAUGAAGUGAUUGUGAACAACGGAGUGCAGGACUCCUGCCUGGAGCUGCUGGAGGCCAUUAGGCGUGCACAGGAGGAGCCCCAGUGGGUCCCGGCGAGCUGGCUCCGCCACACAGCAGACUGCUAGGCAGAGAGGCUGCCAUAACAGGAAGGACAGAGAAGACAGGCCAUGUGGGAUGAGUAGAAACUGUAGGGGGAAAGAGCAAGUGUGGAAUAACAAAGGUAGAGGAACAUAAAGAAUGAGGAUAUAAUCCAUUAACACAACAAACACGCAGGGUGAUCAUUGAAGUUUCAUUCAUUCUGUACAAUAAAAUGGUAUGCCCCUGUGAUAAAAUUAUUUCAUUCAUUCUGGAAAAGCUAAUAUGACAGUAGGUAUUGGUAAACAUGAUAACUCAGAGAAACAUCCAGAUAUGUUCAUAUAGGAUAUGGAUAUUGUGAAACCUUGGUGGGAUA